UGACAGCUUGGCUAAAAAAUAUUUCUCCCUUUGGGUUCUUUAUUCAAUCUAUUUUGACAAAAAAGCAAUGUCUGCAAAACAAGGAGGUGAACGAGCUUCGCCGGAAAUUAAUGCUUGCAAGGCAAUUAUCAAGAAAUUGUUUGCAACUUCCUACAAAAACAUAGCUUGGGUUUUCUACGAACCACUGGAUGCCCAGUUCUUGGCUCUCUACGAUUACCAUGAGAUUGUUAAGGAACCCAUGGACUUAUCCACCGUAAGACAUCGCGUAAAUAUGGGUUGUUAUCAAACGGCCGCAGAAUUUGCCAAGGAUGUGAGGCUUAUUUUCUACAACACCUAUUUGUACACAAAUCCCGGUCAUUUGUGCUACGAGAUGGCGAAAAAGCUGCAGCGUAUUUUCGAAGAGAUGUAUGCCCAAGUUGAGUUGUAUGCAACUAGUGGCAAAGAAAUUGCAUCUGAACAAGAGAGUUCUUCGAGCUCCUCGAGUUCCUCUGAUGAAUCGGUCGAAGCUUCCAAGGAUUCUGAGCAAAGCAGCUCGGAAGUUUCCUCCUCGAUUCAAGAAGAGUCUUCCGAGCGUGUACUGCCCGGAUAUUUGGGAUCCCUAGAGCAGAAUCCCUUUACCACCGAGGAGGAUCUCGAUCUGCAUUCCAAGAUCCAACAACUGGAUGGCGAGGUGCUGCUCCACGUAAUUCAUUUGGUCCAAGGAAUGGAGGGCGCCGCAUAUUGCAACAAGGAACUGGAGUUCGAUGUCUGCAAACUGAAGGUGCAAACAAAGCACUCGAUUCUGAAUUAUUUGGCCAGCAAGGGAAUCACUGGGAAAAGAGUGGCCCGAACCAAACCCAAAUACAACUGAAUAUUUGAUCGGAAAA